AAUUUCGCCAAAUCAUUUGUGUCCCCAAUUGUCCGUAAAAGUCCCUGUGUGGUCGGCCAUCUUGUUUUUUGCUUUACAAAGUUAGGAAAGUUUUGCUAGUUUCUUGGAGAAUUUUUUGUGCUUUGUAAAAAUGUUAGAGUGCGAAGGAUAUUACCAAAAUGCUCCCAAAGAAGUGCAUUUUAAUCCUUACUCUUUUAAUGGAGGGUAAGUUGGAUUUUAAACGGUUAAUUUUAGAGUUUAUUUGAAAAUUCUUGCUGAUUGUGAUUGCCUGAUUAUAGACUGUAGUGAGCUGUGAAAUGAUAUUUGCUAUUUUGCUAUUCAUUACUGUCAUCCAGAUGCUAACGUGGCUUUAAAAAAGUCUUAAACAGAAUAGUUGGUAGAAUGUUUUGUGCAACACUUGUGAUGUGCAUAAACGUUUUGGUCUUUUUGGAACAAAAGAUAUAUAAAGAUACUUGUGUCCAGUUAAUUUAUAAGCUCUGUGUACUUUACGUUGAGGAGUGCAGAGUCCCAGCCACGCAUAUUUUUUUGACUCGCGGAUGUUGCGAUCGUUGAGUUUUUUGUGGUUUAUACUUGAGUGUGGGGCAGUUAAACAAUGGGACAUGGCCAGCCUGCUUUGUGUGCACUGUUGCCUGCAAAGCGGGCCUUUUAGAACCGGAAAUCGGGCUUGAGCAUGCGUUCGUUCUUUUGACUUCGCAAAAGAAACACAACAAAUGGGUGAAGUGGCAAAAUUCGCAUAGUACCCAGUUCUAAUUCUUUCUGUCACUUUCAUUUGGUCUUAUAUAUCUGGGGCCGGUUGUAUCAAAGGCGUUUAACUCGCUAACCACCGUUUAACUCGCUAUCCGCCAUAUAAAAUUUAAACGCUUGAGAAAUCGCGUUGUAUCAAGCCCGUUUAGGGCUAUCCACCGGUUAAAUUCUGCCUAUCCACCGUGUAAAUAAUAAACUCGGAUAAACUCGGAGUUUGAAGAUAAAACAAUGAUUAUUUCGGAUGAAAAAGCAUGGGAUAGUUAUAAAAAUGCACAAUCAUGUGGAGGAGUUAUCUUUUUAAAUCCAAUAAACAUGAAAAACUCACUUUUAACUGGCUUGGUCUUGAGGUACACUGAGGUCACUUGCUCACUUGUAUUAAAUUCCGUGGCUUUGCUAUAUUUACGCACACCAGUGUCAUGUUUAGAUGUUAAGUAUAUAUAUACUCUGGCUUUUUCUCCUUCUUUUCUUCUAUUAUAUAGUUUGAAAACAAGCAGUAAGACUCCCAAUUUUAGCCAUUGUAAAACAAACAAUGACUUUGGAAAGCCAACAAGUAUACAAAAUAGACAACAAGACGCCGAAAGUCGAAAAAAAUUGUUCGCUCGCGUUAAUCGCUUUGAUCAACCAAUCAAAACUUGGGACAAAAUGUUCUUAAAAUUGUUUUGAACAAAAGUGCAAGGUCGAGGAACAAAUUUCAAACAAUAUAAAACUGAAUCAACUGACAAAAGCCAAAUACAACUCACAGUUUUUGCUAUUGCCUUCGACUCUUCGCAUAAAGAAGCCAAAAAUCUUUAAAGAAAUAUCCGUAAGUGAAUUUAAGUGAAUGAGAAACUCAGCACAAUGUGAAAAUGAAAAGUUUGAUAUAGAUUUGCAGCAACGAAUGGACGAGCAAACUCCAAAUAAAAACAACAACAAACUUUAUUGCAAAAGCUUAGUGGAAUUCACAAGUUAGAUAAAGCUUCAAAAGUUUACAAAAGCCUAGCAACAGCUGACAUAGAGGUAAGAAAUUUCAAGAAAAUCCUAAAGGUUAUCCUACGGAUAGUUAAACGCGGUACUAAACGGGCUUCGUACAACGCAAUUUUAUCGGCCGUUUAACUAUCCGCUGGAUAAGACAUUUAUACGCUGGCUGGCUAAACACCGUUUAAGUUAAACGCCUUUGAUACAACCGGCCCCUGUUAGUCUGCCUCAACGGCCUUUGAUUGUGUAUUUAAAAUUUAUUAACAUGGGAUCCAGGUUAGCCUACCUUGUUAGGUCCUUCUCGAUCCAGCAUUACCAUGCACAAAUUAAGGCUGAUUUAUAACACACAACUUUUGCCCAAAACUAUUGCAUGCAACCAAGGGUGGGUAGUAGCGAAGUCGAUUUGUUAUAGGUUAUAUUACAGCCUGAGCUAGUGGAUGCUUAUUAAAAUACCGUAAAACUAAAAAAUAUAGAGUAGCGAAAUAGCGAAAUAGUUCGCUACAUUUUUUAAGCAGUAGCUGUAGUCAGUAGCGAACUACCUUUGUUCAAAAGUAGCAGUAGUUGUAGCUGACUACAUAUUUUUGAAGUAGCUGUAGUUAUAGCGAACUACAAAAAUUUUGUGGUCAACCCACCCUUGCAUGCAACCUACUUACAACUUGAGUUGUACUGUGUAGAUCAAGCACACAACUUACCUACGUUGGCACACACUACCUUACACAUUACGAGGCAAAAGUUGUGCUGUGUAAUUUGACCUUCAAACCAGUUUACAGUACAUUAAUUGCAAUAAAUCCAUCUUUUUUCCAGAACUGUGUUGGCAAUUGCUGGCGAUGAUUUUGCAGUGAUAGCUUCUGAUACGCGUCUUAGUCAAGGCUUUUCAAUUCACUCAAGAACAAGUCCAAAAAAUUAUAAAUUGUAAGUUAUUAUUGUAUGAAUAGACAGAUUUAGAUCGAGGAUGUGGAUGUCAAAGGGCAGUGAACAGAUGAUUUUGCAAUAAAGAAGCAACGAUAGGCCAUAGUUUAGAUAAAUUUGCAUAAAUUGAAUCCAUGUUGUUAUAAUUUUUAAGAACUGAUGACACAGUCCUCGGUUGUGCUGGUUUUCAUGGUGAUUGUCUUACUUUAACCAAACAUAUCAAUGCACGACUUCAGGUGAGUUCUCUCCACAAAACGUAUUGUAUGUUAUGUGGUAUUAAAGUUAAGUGCCCUGACAGGGUCUUAGCUAGAGGGCCGUGUUGGCCGUGUUAUCGCGGCCAAAAAUCGAAAAAAACGGCUAGAUAAAAUGAGCACGGUUUCACUAUUUAUACAAGGCCGUGUAGGUUCAUAAAAUAAGAUGGUGCUACUUUAUAACAGACAGAAUAUCUUUCUAUUUACGUCAUAAGAAAGUUUGUAAAAUCUAUUGUUGUUGUUGAAAUUGGCAAAAGUGAUCCGUGAUGUUUUAAUAUUUUGAAGGAUAAUGGGAACCGUAUGGUGUUAAAGUGGUUUUAAAUAGCCCAAGAGUUGCUGAAAUAACUUAAUAUUUUAAUGUCAGUGCGCAAUAUGAGUAUAUGCUCGCUUUGUAUUUGGUUGCAAAGCAUAUAAACAACCACAGGCAUUGUCCGUUGUUGUAGAACAGUGAAUUUGGCUAUUCAAGGUAAUUGACAUGUGCACACCCUGGUCGUUCAGAAACACGCCCAAGAUCUAAAAUCCUAGCUAAGACCCUGUGCCCUGAUGAACCCUACUUUACUAUUUUACUUUCAAACACAACAAUUUUUCUCGUCAAGGGGAGAGUGCUGCUACUAUAUGGGUUAAUGUAUUAAAUUUAAUGUUGUUACUACUUACAGAUGUACUAUCAUGAACAUGGGAAAAGAAUGAGGUGGGUAUUUUACUGCAGUCCGAGGGUAUAAAACUUAGUGUGAGAUCAGUAAAAAAAUGAAGUCUUAAUUUGUAACAAUGUUUGUGCCUGAGUUUAUUGUCAUAGACUAUAUGUACACAGCACAACUUAAAGAAUAGUGAUUGGCUGAUAAUCGGCAUCGGGUAAAUUUUUGCCUUAUCAGAAGACAAUCGGAAUCGGUAGAAUUAUCUAUAUUUCCGAUUGUCUGAAACCGAUUGUUGAGAAAAUACGCACUUUAAAAAUUAUAUGCAUUGCACGUUGAUACACAUUGCAUUUUAAUGCAAUAUAUUUAAAUGAAUGUGUGAAGUGUGCCAUUUAUUAACGGUUUUAACAGAAAUUGUUAAAAAUUCAACAUGAAUGACGUCACCUUUACUCAGUCGAUUGAUAUUAUGACGUCAUUAUAAAAUCUGUAUCUGGUAGAUUGUGGCAUGAAUAAUCGGUAAUUUCCGAUUGUUGCACAAUCGGUCAAUCACUAUUAAAGAAUAUGUUUGUACUCUUAAAAAGGCACAAGAUUGUCAAAAAUUCCCAUGUGUUUACAUGAAGGACUGUAACUGUUGGAAACAUCAACCAGUGUGUGCUAAAUUCUGUCUCUGAUAGCACAGUGGAGUGACACAAUUUCACAAGACUCUGUUGCCUUUCAGCUGUCCUGCUAUUGCUCAGAUGUUAUCAACCAUGUUAUAUUCACGAAGAUUCUUCCCAUUUUACACAUACAACAUCAUCGCUGGUGUAGAUGCUGAAGGUAUAAUUAAGAUUUCUAUAGCGGAAAUUUGCAUGACAUUUGUGAAUAUGAUCAAAUGUACUUUACGUCAAGUAUUACACUUACCUACAGUAAUUUCAUACUUAGCCUAGACUAUUUUAUCUUUUACAACAAUUGUGAUAUUACUUUCCCAACCGUGUUUAUCCUAACCCACCUUAUCAUCAUUCCCUGUGGGAGGAAAGGAACUUUAGUAUUUUACUCUGUCGAACUCCAGACAAUUUUACGCAUGAAGGGAAGGGCACUGGUGCUUAAUAAUAUUUGUUGUGAUAUUCAUUUAAAUUUCGAAUGUAUUAUAUAGUCUUGACGAAUUUGAAAUGAUUUUCUUGCAGGGAAAGGAUGUGUGUUCAGUUUUGAUCCAGUUGGUUCUUAUGAACGAGAGAUAUACCGUGCAGCUGGUUCUGCGUCUUCGUUAUUACAACCUCUCUUGGAUAACCAGGUUAGUUUUUAUCAACUAGAAAUUUGUAAAGCUAUUUCUGAUUCGUUUGAUUUCUUAUGUUUUUCAACAAUUAAUUAUUUUUAACAAGAUUCAAUAAUCAGUUUGAUUGUUGGCAACAAUUAAUCAAUUGUGAAGAUGAGUUACUCUAGAAAUAGUUUUGGGGUUUUUAACGGGACAUAUAUACAGAAAUUUGUAUGAGCGCAUAUUCCAGGUUUCUGUAAGAACACAUUACUACCGGGCUUCUACAUGGUAACUUUGCUUUUUUGGGGGCCUGUGCUUUGAUCAAAGAAACUAGACCUUUCACUAAUGUUUCUUUGAUCAAUUCUUAUUCAGAUUGGUUACAAAAACCAGCAACGGGUUUCGGAGAUUCCUCCUUUAACCAAAGAAAAAGCUGUCGCCCUUGUUAAAGAUGUUUUCACAUCGGCAGCUGAGCGAGAUAUAUACACAGGCGAUGCUGUAGUUAUACACUUGAUAACUAAAGACGAAAUUCGUGAAGUCAGUUUUCCGUUGCGACGAGAUUAAUAAGAACAACAUUAGAACGAUAUGUAAACAGCUGUGCUUUAAAAAUGCUGCAGUUUCUACAUGUAGCUGAAGAAUGAAUGCCAAAGUGCAAAGUUUGAAUGUUCAAACAUUACAUUCGAAUGGAAAAAUAAACUGUUGCUAUUAAAUUGUAUGCCAAUGUCUAGUUAAGUCUAGAAUAUUGGCUUGAUAAUUUACACAGCAGUAUUAAAUGCAUUGUAUCUUUGUUAUGAUCAGACAGACUAUUAAGUAUGCUAAAUUUAUUAUUUAUAAGUGCUAUCAUGGACUGUAAAAUAACUGGAUAGGAAAUUUCGUGAUUUUACAAUCCAUGGUGCUACCGGUAGUCACCGGUCGUUUUUUCUGUUAAUUCACAAUUUAACCCUAACUAUUCACAUGUUAGCAAUACUUGGUAUAGUCGUAUGUGGUCGCAUAGAACAAGGUUUGUUCCACAUUCAAUUGCUUUUACACCAACAUCCAAUUCCUGGGACAGAGCACAUCCUGUAGCAGGUUUGAUAGCAGAAUAGUUACAACUUGUUGGCUGGGAUACAGUACCUUGUUAACAUUUAAAUUACCACCCAUAAAUAAUCUGACCUACAUAUCUUGUGAAUCAGUAGAUUCUUGGAUAAAGCAGUGAUCGACUGCAAAAAAACCGCAGCCUUGACGAAACCGAACCGCGACCAUAUGACAACAGCAAUGCUGUUAUAGUUUACUUCUAAGCUAUGGCUAUGCUGUAUGGACUCAACCUUCUUCAGUAACUUAUCUCCUGCUCAUGUCAAGUAAGGACAUCGUCACGCUGUAUUGUCCUUUUUCUUCGUAAUCUUAUCUCAAGUGCAUAUAACCACACACUUCCUCACACCAUCUUGCAAAUGAUUCAUCUGUUUAUUUCCGUUAUAAAUUAACAGGCGUAGGAAUAUAAUGAUUGGAAAAUUGAUGUUCUUUAAGAUACUCUCCUCCUUUCUCUUGGUAAUCUUGUCUCGUUGUUGAAACACUGGUGAGAUCUGGGACCGUCCUUGCCCAUUGCCUCAUUCCAAACCACGCAUCCAGACUGAAGUUGCCUAAGAAGAUUUUAAACAUUAUAUAAGAGGAG